AUGGCACAUAGGCACAGCAUCUACACAUACCGAUUGCCACGGUUUGAACCGUACCUCAAGCGCAUCGAGAGCGAGGCCCGUGAGGAGCUCCCGAACUCCACCUCCGUUGGUGAGGAGCUGCGCCUUGACGAGUCCAGCUCAACAGUCGUUGCACAUCCUAUGGUCUCCAGGUUGUUUCAAGAAGUGCCGGCCACUCCAGCCCGCCAGCGUCGACAGGCCCAGUUCUGGUCGCCCCGCGAGGGCACGCCGGCGCCCAGCCCGAAAAGCAGCGCCUCGUCGCAGUCCCCGGCAUCACACAGGCCCGGCAGGCCGGAAGAGCGAGCUGCAGGCAGACCGGUAGAUGCGGACCUGCAAACGGAGGAUGCAGAACGAUGCGAUGGCCGUUAUGCUGACUCAGCGGAAGAAGCUGAGACUGAGGAAGAGGAUCCGCCGCCGACGACUGCCCCGUUCCAGGACCAACAGGCCCGCGCGCCCCAGCAACGAGGGCGGGAGGAGAGGGCUCCGGCGAAGGCCCCUUUGCUGGAGAGCCACCGCGGCUUCAGCACAAGUCGCCGCCCAGAGGCCUCCGGGUUCGACGGCCGACGUGGCCGGAGCACUAGCCAGCGUGGUCGAAGUGUGAGCCACAGUGAGGAUUCAGACUGUGCGGCCCGCCCAGCACCGCGGACGACCCGCCGUGAGGUGCGGCCCGAAUCCGCACCACCUGCGCCACGCAGUUGGGCACGGCCGAGCCCCAGGGCUGCGCCAGUCACGACGCGUUCAGGCCUCCCUGGCCGCAGGACCUCGGCUCUGGGGGUGGCAUCGCGAUUUCGCCCCGGGAUGGGCCGACUGUCAUCGAGGACGGACAACGACAAUUGCCGACAGAUGUGA